CGGAGUGUUCGCACCGUUCGUAUUGCAAGAGCUCCAGAAAGACUUAAAUGACUGCCAUUUCUUCGCUAUAUUGACGGACGCCUCUAAUCAUGGCAGCACAAAAAUAUUUCCGAUAUUUGUUCGCUUGUUUUCGGAAAAGGAUGGCGUCAAAGUGAAAAUUAUAGACUUGGUAUAUGCAGAUUGAGAAAGUUCCGAAAUAAUUGUACAUUUGCUGAAUAGCUCUGUGAACAAAUUGAACAUAAAUAAGAAACUAGUCGCGUUUUGUGGAGAUAACGCGGCGUGUAAUUUUGGCAACGUUAAUCGAACCGGCUGAAAUAAUGUGUUCUACAAACUGAAGUAGCUUUAUCCUGGAUUGAUUGGCGUUGGAUGUGCAGCGCAUAUUGUUCACAACACUUUAAAAAAAGCUUGCGACAAAAUGCCUUUUGAUGUGGAGAUGAUUGUAGUCAAAACUUAUUCACAUUUCUAUUUGUUCACCGUGCGUGUCGUAAAAUUGAAAAAAUUUUGUGAAUCCGUAGAGGUGAAAUAUAAAAAACUGAUAGGUUACAGCAAAACUCGUUUCAUAGGCUUGUUGUCAUCAGUCGACUCAAUAUUAAGAAUUUUUGAUGGUCUUAAGGAGUAUUUUUUGGGAGGUCCCAACACCCCAAAUUCUUUGCUACUAUUUUUUGAAGAUCCAAGGGCCAAGAUGUGGCUGAUUUCCUUCGUGAUCAAGCAUCUAUUUUCAACAGAACAGUUAAAGCAGUGGAAAGCGACAAUAUUAAUGCAAUGGAAGUUGUGCAUGCACUCAAUUCUUUUGUACAAUCGCUCGAAUCUCGGAAAAAAGAAGCAUUUUUGUCCGCUACAGUGCAAAAGGAAAUGGAACAUAUUUCUGCUGUUGAUGAAAGAGUGUCAAAAGAAGAGAUGCAAGGUCUCUCACGUCAAUUCUAUCGUUCGAAUGCUAAUUUAGAUUUAUUUUAAAUUUAAAAGAUUUUAUUCAUUUCUUU